GCCUAUCGAGGAUGUUUUCUGCCGCUGUCGGAUGGUUCUUCCUUUUCAAAUGUAAACAAUAGGUGUAUAUUUUGAAGAUCAUUUGAAACAGCGUCUCACUGUUUCACGUUUAUAUACUUGAACAGAUGAGUAUGUGACUGAGAAACGAAUCACGCAGUUCAACAUUUCUGACUGGGUGUGUGUAGGAAUUACAAAACCGAUCACAGAGCAGAUCACCGAACAUCUCUGAACAAGCUGUAACCAGAACAACCUGUUGUCUGAAUGCCCAAAAUGAUUUCUGGAGUUGUACGCGUUGUCCUGUUCUCAAUCCUUGGUAUAGGAGGAUUUCUGACGCUGUUUGUAAUGUACUAUCAAUCAGCUCCAUCUCAGAUCUGCCCUCCCCAACCUGCUUUGCCACGUCAUUACUCAAAGCCAUCUGAGAACAGCUCCUUGUCUAAGAAGCAGCCAGACAAGCCCAUCAUGCUGUUGUGGUUCUGGCCUGAAAACCGCAGGUUUGAUUUUAGAGAUUGCACCACUUUCUUCAACAUUGAUGGCUGCCAACUGACAGAUGACCGGUCUCUGUACAACAAGGCAGACGGGGUGCUCAUCUUUCACAAAUCCAUCAAACAUGAUUUAUCCAACUUGCCUCCAUCACCUCGACCACCAUUCCAGAAGUGGAUCUGGUAUCAUGUGGAAUCACCUACAAACACAAUUAGGAUACCAGGUCUAGAGAACCUUUUCAACUUGACCUUGAGUUAUAGGGAAGAUGCAGACAUCCCUGUACGUUGGCGCUUAACUGCAAGGAAAGGUCAGGGUGAGGACUUUGUGCUGCCCAAGAAGGAUAAAUUAGUUUGCUGGAUUGUGAGUAACAAUAACCCUGCAACUGGAACAGCAGUAAGGGAUAACUAUUACAGAGAACUUGUCAAACAUAUUAAGGUGGAUGUCUAUGGAAAAGCCUUUGCUAGAUUUUUGAGAUAUGAGGACUACUUCUCAACACUCUCCAGCUGUAAGUUCUACCUCUCCUUUGAGAACUCAGUCCACAGAGACUACAUCACUGAGAAGCUAAACGGACCACUUGCAGCAGGAACAGUGCCAGUAGUAUUGGGCCCACCGAGACAGAACUAUGAGGACUUUGUCCCGGGAGAUUCCUUCAUCCAUGUUAAUGACUUUCCCAAUGCAAAAGCCCUGGCUGAAUUCCUCCUGAAGUUGGACAAGGAUGAUGAUGCAUAUCUGCGCUACUUUCAGUGGCAUAGAAACUUAUUUGCUCAGCAACAUCUAAUUCAACUGAGUCAAGAGUUCAUCCAAGCUAUUUGUUAUGCCUGUGACCAUGUAGGCAAACAUAAGGAGUACAGGGUUGUUCACGAUCUUUACAAAUGGUAUUUGGUUUAAUUAGUCCCUUCUGAUAAGCUAUUGCCAUCACUGGUGUACCC